UUGUUUGUUUUGUUUUAUUGUCAGUAUUGAUGACUGGGCAGCAACUUAAGAUUCCACUUUUAGAUUGUCCCUUAUGUUCAUAAAGUUGCUCUGCAACUGAUAAACACUUAAUAUGCAAGCAGUGCAAAGGCAAGUUACUACUGUAAUAAAUUAAGUAGCUUAUUGCGUAGACAUUUAAAUUUUUUGUAUAUUGCUUUACACCUGAAGAAACUCUACAAAAAGUUAUAUAAAUGCUGUUGUCUAAGCAACUGCGCGAUCAGUUAACUUUAAAGACGUGCAAAGAACGGACGUACUGCUGCUUCUUCUUCUUCUACUUUGUUGACUGCUUGGCAUGCGAGGAUUAGCCAGCUUAGUUCAAGUACUGCUGCUGCUGCUGGCUGCAGUGGCCGGCUAUGAGCAUUACCGUUUGCCCGAGGUCAUUGAACCGCAGCAUUAUGAGCUAAGCGUAUUGACGCACUUGGAAGACGCCGCUGAGCUGCGUUUUGAGGGAUUAGUGCGCAUUAGUCUGCGCAUUUUGGAGCCCACAAAGAAUAUUACAUUGCAUGCCAAGAAUCUGAGCAUAGCUCAGCAGGACAUUCGACUAAGCGACAAGGAUAAUGCGUACGCCAUAAGCAGAGUGCAAAUCAUAGACAAAUACGAUUAUUUCAUAAUGCAUUUAGCAAACGUCGUGCCCAGCGGCGAAGACUAUGAGCUAAGCAUUCCAUUCAGUGGCGAAUUAAAUAGCAACACCACGGGCUACUACUGGAGCUCCUACAAUGAUACUGUAACCAAUGAAACUAGGUACUUGGCUGUUACGCAAUUCUCGCCAACUUUUGCGCGUCUGGCUUUUCCCUGCUUUGAUGAACCUGCGCUUAAGGCCACCUUCCAAGUAAAGCUGGGUUUGCAUAAGAGCUUUACGGGCAUCAGCAAUACGCCGCUCAUUGAAUGCAAGCUGCACGAGCAACUUAUAGACUACAAUUGGUGCACUUACGAGCCGCUCUUGCGCACUUCGACUUAUUUGGUGGGCUAUGCUGUGCACAACUUGAGCAGCACUGGAGUGCAGUACAGUAAAAACUCGCUUAGAACACGCUUUAGCAGCUGGCUGCAGCCACAGUUAACAAAAGAAGCACAAUUUCUUAUAAACUUUGCGCCACAGGCUUUGAGUUACUUGGAAAAUCUGCUGCAGUAUGAUUUCCCAUUGCGUAAGGUGGAUCAGCUGGUGGUGCCGACGCACAAAUUUACGGCCAUGGAAAACUGGGGCAUGACGACCUUCAAUCAGGCCAGAAUGCUGCAUAAUGAUGCGGAGCAGCCGCUGCAGGAGAAACAGUCAAAGGCGAGCACAGUGGCUCACGAGUAUGCACAUCAGUGGUUUGGUAAUUUGGUUACGAUGCACUGGUGGAGUGAUCUUUGGCUGAAGGAGGGACCGUCGACAUACUUUGCAUAUCUAACGCUGGAUGCGCUGAUGCCCGCUUGGAAAUUUGGGGAAUAUACCAUAGCCAAGCAGUUGCAACACUUUUUUAAACGCGAUGCGCUCAAUGAGACGCGAGCCAUAUGGCGAGAGGUGGCGCAGCCGGCAGAGAUUCUGGAGCAAUUCGGCGAUUAUGUUUAUGAGAAGGGCGCCUUGACUAUGCGCAUGCUGCACAAGCUGCUGGGCGAGCAGCAGUUCUUCAAGGGCAUACGCGCUUAUAUAGCUCAAAAUGUCUAUAAAAGUGUAGGGCAAGCGGAGCUCUGGCGCAUAAUGCAGGAAUCGAGUGACUUGGGCGUGGACUUGACUGAAAUUAUGAACUCUUGGACAUUGCAGCAUGGUUAUCCACUGGUUACAGUCACCAGAGAUUAUGCCACAGGCAGUGUGAGCAUUAAUCAAACACGAUUUUGGCUGCAGCCAGCUGAGUACGAGUCCAGCAACUGCUGGUGGAUACCUCUAAGCUUUGUGCUGCAGAGUCGACCGCAGUUUGAGCAAACCCAAGCACAGCUUUGGCUCAAGUGUCCACAAGCAGCGCUGCUUGAUAUAAGCUUGCCACAGCGCGCCUUGCCGACCGAGUGGCUGUUGCUUAAUCCUCAAGUGAGCAGCAUAUAUCGCGUCAACUAUGAUGCAAACAACUGGCGUCUGCUUAUUAAGGCGCUCAAGUCUAGUGCAAAUUUCGGUGGCAUUCAUGCGCUGAAUCGAGCUCAGUUAAUGGAUGAUCUAUUUGCGCUGGCGGCCACAAAUGCUCAGAGCUAUGAGCUGGCGUUUAGUCUGCUGGAGUAUUUGCCGCGCGAGCGUGAGCUGCUGCCUUGGAGUACAGUCUUGGCUUUGCUUGAAAGCCUGCAGCAAUUGCUGCCUGUUGAGCAGUCGACGCAAUUUAAGCACUUUAUGCAACAGCUGCUAACGCCGCUGCUGGCGCGCUGCCACAAGCUGAACGACGCCGCCUUGAGUCAGCUCUCUAGCCAGCAACUAGAGCUGCAUCGCUUGGCCUAUGCUCAGGCGUGUCGUUAUGGCCUUGCCGCUUGUCAGGAGCAAACGCAGCUUGUCUCUGCCAACGAUGAGCUGAUGCAGCUGCCAGUGGAGCUGCGUGGCGUAGUCUAUUGCUCGCUCAUUGAGCAGGGCAAUGAGCUGCAGUUCGAGCAGCUGUUGCAGCGCUUCCAGCAAUCCAGCCAAGUGGGCCAGCAACGCUUGUGGGCCAGCGCUUUGGGCUGCAGCCGGAACCACACGCAGUUGCUGCAAUUUCUGGAUUAUCUGCUGCAGGCAAGCAAAGCAACCACAAGCAGUUGUUAUCUGCAAGCUGUAACCUCAGCUUUGCGGCAUCAGUAUGCUGCAGUGCCGGCCACAAAUCAUAUCUUGCAGCAUGCGCUCGAACUCGACAACAAAUUCAGCCCAGCUCAAAUUAAACAAUUGCUCUUAAGCACGAUCGGCAAUCUGCAUAGUGAGGCAGACAAAGCGACGUUGCAACAGCAACUCAAAGGCAUCAAGAAAUUCGAGCAGCCGCUACAGUUGGCGCUGGAAACGAGAGCCGUUCAUCAGGAUUGGCUGCUGCAGCGCUCGGAAAAUAUGCUGCAAGCUCUGGCUAAAUAUAUUUGA